AUGGACAAGGCAGCCGAGCUUAUUGAGCACGACUUCACACUGCUCGGCGCUACAGCUAUUGAAGACAAGCUGCAGGACGGUGUCCCAGACACUAUCCACACCUUACAGACGGCUGGCAUCAAGAUUUGGGUCUUGACCGGAGACAGACAAGAAACUGCCAUCAACAUUGGCAUGAGUUGUAAGCUGAUCAGCGAGGACAUGACUCUUCUCAUUAUCAAUGAAGAGACUGCAGCCGCUACUAGGGACAACCUGCAAAAAAAGAUGAGUGCUGUGCAAAGUCAAUUCCAGGCUGGUAUUACAAUCGAAACUCUGGCACUUGUCAUUGAUGGAAAAUCUCUCACGUUUGCACUCGAGAAAGACAUGGAGAAGCUCUUCUUGGACCUGGCUGUUAUGUGCAAAGCUGUUAUAUGCUGGUACGUAUUUUUGUUUUCACCAUGGACAACACCUGCUGACCAUCUAUNNAGUCGUGUCUCACCGCUUCAAAAAGCACUUGUUGUCAAGCUGGUCAAGCGCCACAAGAAAGCCAUUCUCCUAGCCAUUGGUGACGGUGCCAAUGAUGUUUCCAUGAUUCAAGCUGCGCACAUUGGUAUCGGUAUCUCAGGUGUUGAAGGUCUUCAAGCAGCACGUUCAGCCGAUGUUUCGAUUGCGCAAUUUCGGUACCUCCGCAAGCUGUUGCUCGUCCACGGAGCCUGGUCAUAUCAAAGAAUCUCCAAAAUGAUCUUGUACUUCUACUACAAGAACACGGCACUUUUCAUGACCCAAUUCUGGUACUCUUUCCAAAAUGGCUUCUCUGGAGAAGUCAUCUUCGAAUCUUGGACGAUGAGUUUCUACAACGUCCUCUUUACAGUCAUGCCUCCCUUUGUUCUUGGUAUCUUUGACCAGUACGUUUCAGCUCGUUUGCUCGAUCGAUACCCUCAACUCUACCAACUCAGUCAGAAGGGUGUGUUCUUCAGAAUGCAUUCCUUCUUCAGCUGGGUAGCAAACGGCUUCUACCACUCUCUCAUCCUUUACUUUGUCUCUGAGCUUAUCUGGUUGUGGGAUGCACCGCAAAGCGAUGGCAAGAUUGCUGGACACUGGGUUUGGGGAACGGCUCUCUACACAGCAGGUCUCAUCACUACCCUUGGUAAAGCAGCUCUCAUCACCAAUCUGUGGACCAAAUACACUGUGAUUGCGAUACCUGGCAGUCUUGCAGUCUGGUUCAUCUUCUUGCCCAUCUACGCGACUGUUGCACCCAAGCUCGGAUUCAGCAUGGAGUAUGCCGGCGUUGUUCCAAGACUGUUCCCCAGUCUUACAUUCUGGUUGACGAUUAUUGUUCUUCCCGUCCUUUGCCUUCUUAGAGAUUACGCCUGGAAGUAUGCCAAGCGCAUGUACUAUCCUCAAGCGUACCAUCACGUUCAGGAAAUCCAGAAGUACAACAUCCAGGAUUACCGACCAAGGUGUGUAUUUCCCUUCUUGUUCGCAUUACCGAGGCCCACUGACAUCAAAAUANGGAUGGAGCAAUUCCAAAAGGCAAUUCGCAAAGUUCGUCAAGUACAGCGCAUGCGCAAACAGCGUGGUUACGCCUUUUCGCAAACCGAUGAAUCGCAAGCCAGAGUGUUGCAGGCUUACGAUACGACGAGAGAAAGAGGAAGAUAUGGUGAGAUGGCAAGUAGCAGGGACUAA